AGACACAAACAAGUGGUGCUGAUAGUGUGCUGCUCACCGACUCCGAUCCUGAUCGAGCUGCGUUUUCUCCACAUCUGCGCACAGAUUAAUAUGCCCUUCAUCCAUUUAUUUCACAGCAAUACUGCUUUUCUCAGAAACCAUGGGUGCUAUGAUGCUGGGCUGGAGGUUUUCAUGUGUUCUGGUGCAGGCAGCUGUCUGGCUGCUGCUCAGCAAGGGGGAGAGGAUGUGCCCCGCGAGUUGUCGCUGCGAAGGCAAGCUCGUCUACUGCGAGUCAGGCAUUUUCCAAGACAUUCCAGAGAAUAUCACCACGGGAUGCCAAGGUCUAUCUCUGCGCUAUAACAACCUGCUGGUGCUGAUGCCCUACCAGUUUGCGCAUCUCAAUCAGCUUGUCUGGCUCUAUUUGGACCACAAUUCCAUCAGUGCUGUGGAUGUUUUAGCCUUCCAUGGUGUGAGGAGGCUCAAAGAACUCAUCAUCAGCUCCAAUAAGAUAACUCACCUGCACAACAACACGUUCAGCGCCAUUCCAAACCUGCGGAAUUUGGAUCUAUCCUACAACAAGCUCCAGUCCCUGCAGCCAGGACAUUUGUUUGGCCUGCGCAAGCUGCAGAAUCUACACCUUCGAUCCAAUGGUCUAAAACAGAUUAUAGUCCGUACCUUUCUGGAAUGCCGCAGCCUUGAGUUUCUGGAUCUGGGUUACAAUCGACUACGGAGCCUCACCCGCACAACCUUUUUGGGACUGUUUAGGCUCAAAGAGCUUCAUUUAGAGCACAAUCAAUUUUCACGGAUUAAUUUCUACAUUUUCCCACGCCUCACCAACCUGCAGGCUCUUUAUUUGCAAUGGAAUCGCAUACGAGCUGUCAGUCAAGGCGUACCUUGGACCUGGCUUAAAUUGCAGAAACUGGACCUUUCGGGAAAUGAGAUCCAAACGUUGGACCCCUUGGUUUUCCAGUCAAUGCCAAAUUUACAAACGCUCAAUCUGGAAUCCAACAAGCUCAGGAGUGUGCCGGUGGAAGCCGUGGCGGCGUGGAUUUCAGUGACCAACAUCGGCCUGGCCGGUAACGCCUGGGACUGCAGACCGAGCAUCUGUCCGCUCAUGGCAUGGCUCAGAACCUUGAGGGAUGCCAAAGACAUCAGCGUGAUAUGCAGCAGUCCCAGGUCUGCGCAGGGAGAGAGGGUUGUGGACGUUGUGGGGAACCAUUCCACCUGUGUGGACGUAAUGUCUAAUGUGAUUACUACCAACGCUCCCAUUGGAUUGACUUCAAGCCCCUUUGUGAACACCACAUCUCACCCUCUCCUCCCUGGUGUCACGCAGCUGGCUCAAAGUGAGUCUUCGGUGCAUACAUCACCACCUUCAGCCAUCCUGCCUAAUAAGACAGACAGACAGAGAGUGAAACCCACAGCCGUGAUCUCCUCGCCUGACCCUUCUACCUCACUCUUCCCAGAGAUACCAUUUGAACAUCUGGCUUUUCAUAAAAUCAUUGCAGGCACUGUAGCCCUGUUUUUGUCAGUAUCAUUGAUCCUCCUGGUUAUUUAUGUUUCAUGGAGGCACUACCCCAACACCGUGAGGCAACUGCAGCAGCACUCAGUCAAACAUAAGCGCAGGAAAAAAGCCCGGAAGCAGGAGCAGGACCUUAACUCUCAAUUGCAAGAGUACUACCUGAGCUACCAUUCAAACUCUGAGACCAUGGACUCGCUGGUAAAUGAGGCAAAGCCGUGCACGUGCACCAUUUCAGGAUCAAUAGAAUGUGAAGUAUAGAGUUUCACUCGUCUUUAUAAGACCAGAUGUGACAUUUCUGGGCAAAUCUCUCAUCAGAUAAGUGGUUUUAGAAUAAAUGGCUUCAUGAGAUGUUCCUCUCCACUGCAUUGAAGGAAAUGUUAGGGAAGUGAGUCAACUAGAUCUGUGUGGACAGAGCAAAGAGAUUUUUGCAACGAGCUCACGAUCACCGUGACUGACACAGGAUCUGUGGCAUGGCGGCAUCUACCUGGUUACCUGUGAAUGACCCAAUCUACAAACUGACCACAAGUCAACUCUGUCGAUCUUUUGGCCCUUUCAUUAAACACGCCGUGUCAUUAUACCAUGUGUAAACCAAUGAGACAUUUUUUUUACUUGCCUGUUUAUAGUGUGAUUAUCAUGUGUUGGUUAUAUAUCUGUAAAAUAUGACAUUGUAGGGGAAAAUCAUUAAGUAUUUGAAUGUGUAUAGUGUGUGUGCCAAAAACAGGCACUUGCACAGACAUUAUUGAUGGGAGGUGCUCAAGCAAAAAAA